AGCCGCGCACAUCGUGUCUGACUUUCUCUUUCUCUGCGGCGAUCGCGUCUCCUCAGCUUUUAUCGAGGCUCGUCCCGCAGUUGCUGCUGCUGCUUCUAUUUCAAAUCAAGCGAUUCGUGAGAAAACAUUGAAGUGCUGGCUUGUUCUUUAACCUCAACAGGGUCAAUGUAUAUAGACGCGUUCAAACGGAUCCUCUUUGAAAGGCUGAACUGCUUGAAGAGGAUGUGUGUGUGUCAGCGGCAUGGCAGCUCAUUUGCCAUGUCUAAGACAGCGGUGAAGAAGCUGCACUGGCGGUCCAAUGUGCAGGACACCUUCAUCCCCUUGCUUGGCGCGUCUGGAGAGCUGGGGGUCGCGGUUGGUGGCGGAGCAGAUUAUGGAGAGUUUCCCUUCAUCACGUCGGCUCCCGGCGGCAGCCUCACAGUGGGAGACAUCAUCCUGGAGAUCGGAGGAACUCCGGUGUUGGGGAUGACUUUAGGAGAUGUUCGAGGAGUUCUCAACUCCUGCCCCCAUCCUAUCCGAAUCAAAACUGUUUCACCAGGCUCCACAUUGUGCAAAGAUCUCAGGUUAUAUCUGAGCAAGUGCUUCACACCCGGCUCAGUGGACAGCCAGCUUCAGCAGGUCAUCAGAGAGAACCUCUACCUCCGGGCCGUACCCUGUACGACCAGGCAACCCAGAGACGGGGAAACCUCAGGGGUGGACUACAACUUCGUCUCCAUUGAGGAGUUUUUCUCCUUGGAAGAGACCGGAGCGCUGCUCGAGAGUGGGAAAUUCAAAGGGAAUUACUACGGCACACCUCGUCCUGUUCACAUAGGUCCAGAGAGUCCCCCCAUCACCUACCAGGAACACCGUAACCUGCUCAGAAACUUCCGCACACGCAGCAAAUCCCUCAGCAACCUGGAAAAGGCUGCAGACGAAGGCAGAAACAACGAGGACGACUUAGGUGGUUCUGCAGGAGUAAGCAUUCCUAUUGGCCACCGCUCCCCUGGUCGGCCCCGGGCAUCCAGCAGCGGAGGCGAGGGUCAAGACGUAGAGAAUGGGAUCGUCGGCAGCAGAAGAGGUGCCAGAAUCAGAGGCAUGAUGCCCGAUCACUGGGAGCAGGCGUUCAGUGACCCUGGAGAAUCACUUUACAUCGGGCGCAGCCCGAGGAGGACCAGCUGGCUGGGCCCUCGUCCCUCAAGCAGAGAGACCAACUACAAAAAUGAAUGGUUCACGGACCUGCCUGAGGAUCUCAGGGGUUUCCCUGUCCAUGCACACUUGAUCAAGGGCUCCAGAGGGUUUGGUUUCAACAUAGUCGGAGGAAGCCGACCAAGAGAGUUUCUCCAGGUCUACAGUGUGACGGCAAGUGGCCCCUCCACUCUAAAGACAGCGGACAUACUCGUGUACAUCAACGAUGCUUGUGUGUUGGGAAUGUCUCACAAAGAGGCGGUAGAGAUGCUCAAAUCAGUGCCUGUGGGCCACAGCAUAGACAUAGAGGUGAGAAGGGGGUAUCCGAUGCUCUACAACCCGGACGGCCGCCCCAAGCAGCCGUCACCGAGGUACCUGGACGCUGAGGACCACCAUGUCACGCCUACCACCACCCAACCACAACCUCUUCACCAGCUACCUCGCCUUUCAACACCUUCACCACAGAGCCAGCUCUUUAACGGCUACCACAGCGACAGAGGCUACGUGGAGCACGGCGUGACCCUCGAUGCCAAUGGAAACGCCACAUCGUACGCAUCCAGACUGCCUCCGCCGUACAGACGCUCCAGUGUGAGCAACGCUGCGCCCUUCUCCCCAGUUCGGCCACCACGGUCACACAGGAGCUUAGUCAGGCUGCAGUCGCUGGAUCCGACGCUAGCCAGCCAGAGCGACAGUGAGGUUGUUUCUGCGGUUGGUUCACACAGGGCGUCAAUGAUUCGAAAUCACAAUAAUAACUCCCUUACGACACCGCAGCAUCAUUUACGUUACGGAACGUCGAAGUCGUCGGAAAGCGACUUAUCCACCUGCACCAUGCCGGGGACCAGGCUGCCGCUCCCCGAGUCGCCGCGGAGGCCGUCGUCUUCCUCCGGCGGGCUCCGCGGCGCUCACUCCCACCUCUUCAGACCGCAGACCUCCCAUCUCAGACCGCCGCCCACCAGGGAAAGCCCCCACCACCAUGGCGUCAAUGGUUUCCACACCAGCCCCACUGCCAGCCCCAGCAGCGUUUCCUCUCCCGGCGCGAUGAGCGUGGGCAGCGGGUUCGGGGGAUUCACCGGAGGGGAACUUGUUCCAGUGGCCUUGGCGCAAACCGAAGGAGGCCGGGGCCUCGGGUUCAGCCUGAUGGCUGGUGGUUCUGGAGGCAGGUCGACCAUGGUGGAGAGAGUCUUUGACAGAAAGCAGUGCAACUCCCUGCAGCCAGGGGACGCUGUUGUCAAGAUCAAUGGAGCUGACGUCCAGAGUCUCAGCCUCAUGCAGAUUCAAACAAUCCUGCAGGAACACACAAAACAGGGAGAAGUUAUUCUGCUGGUUCACAGAGGAGGCACCCAUCACUCAUCGGUUUCUCCAGGCUCGGUUCGGAGACUCCCUCCACCGCUACUGCGCCCCCCUCCUCCUCCCGUUGACGCGGACAAUUCGUCGUUGCUCCCAGAGGCGCUGCCCGUUCCCCGCACCGCCACCAGCAACCCUCCCUCCCCGCUCCUCACCAGCUCCUCUCUGAUCCAGAGCACCAGUUUCCUGGAGUCGAUUCCAGUGACCCUGACCAUGGAGCCCAAAGACUGGAUCGACAUCGGCCUGGAAGACGAGGCCGGCGGCGGCGGCGGUGUGUCUGUGCCUGACGCGAGCCUGGAGAAGCGGAAGGGCGAGCGGACGCGCCGCUUCAGAGGGUUCGACGUGGAACUGAGGCGAAAGCCCGGGGAGGGAUUCGGGUUUGUGAUUGCCUCUCAGGACUUGGAGAACGGAAGAGCCGCGUCCCUCCUUCCUCACCGCUUCGUCACGGUCCGGCGCGGCAGCCCGGCAGCGAAGAGCGGCCAGAUCCGGCCCGGAGAUCGCUUGGAGGCCGUGGAGGGCCGCUCGGUGGUGACGCUGCCUCACCGAGAGCUCGCCCAGAUUCUUCGCAGAGCCGGAAACACGCUGCGCCUGACCAUCGUGCCCCGGCCCAGCACCUACGCUUCAAACCACACAGAAACCGCCGACCACGACCAUGGUCACAGGAGCAGAAAAGGUCAGAGGUCACGCCCAAAGCGCGACUCCAGGUAUUACAGCGUCGACCUGGACCGCGGGCCGUCAGGCUUCGGCUUCAGCCUCCGAGGCGGGAGCGAGUACAACAUGGGCCUCUACGUCCUCGGGCUGAUGGAGGGCGGCCCGGCGUCACGCAGCCAAAAAAUACAGGUCAGCGACCAGCUGGUGGAGAUCAACGGGGACAGCACGACCGGGAUGACCCACAGCCAAGCCGUGGAGAUGAUCCGCCGCGGAGGCCACCGGAUCCACCUGGUGCUCAAGAGAGGCAACGGCUAUGUGCCUGAUUACGCCCGUGAGCACAGAAUCACCUCCUCCUCCCUCCUGCACAACCCCAAAGAGCAGAGUCUGGCUGCAGUGAGCUCCAGGAGGGGGCGCCGCGCCAAGCAGACGAAGAGGAGCAGGUCGGUCGGAGACGUGAAGGAGAGCAGGACGGGAGCGAUCAGAGGAAGAAGGCGGGGCUCCGUAGGAGGAGGUCGCUUACGGAGCCCCGCCUCUAAGCGCGGGGACGGGAGGAGGAGGCCUCAGAGUUUACCGAGAGACGUCAUCAGGAAAUCUGAAGAUGAAGAGGCAGGAAGGGGAAGAAGAAGAGAGAAGGAAAGAGGGAGGAGCAGACAGAGAGAGAGGAAAAGCAGGAGUUUGGAGAGGAGGAGGAGGAUGACAGAGGAGGAAGUGGAGGAGGAAGGAUCUGCUGCUGAAGAGGAACCAAAAGGAAGAGCGAGUUCAAUAGAAAGUGAAGAUGACGAUGUUUUCCUACCUAUUCCAGUCCCGAUGCACAGACUCCCCAGACCGAAGGAAAACCAGGAGGACGGAACUGAUGAAGACUGGAACAUGGCGGCAGAAUACCGGAGCCUGAGGAGGGACAAAGAGGAGGAAGAGGAGGAGGAAGAGGAGGAAUGCGGCGCAGAGUCGGGCAUCUCUGAUUGGCCCUUACCAGGUGUCACCGUGGCGGGUCCGGAGUCGCACAGAGAGCCGUUCUCUUUCCUCGCCUCCAUGCUGUCCGAGAACCAGCUGGGCGACGCCACGUCUGAGUCUGGAGACAGCCAAUCAGACGCCAGCGUCUCCGCCGCCAGCAUUUCAGGGCUCUCGCUGGCCGCCGCCGCGCUGCCCGGCCCGUGGCUCGUUCCGGGUCAGCAGAGGCUGGUUCAGUUUGAGGAUGAGCGACACGGGCGGGACAGGAGAAGGAGCAGCAGCAGCAGCAGCAGCAGCAGCGCUGUCUCCUGACUGUCAACGAGCGAUGAAACACGCAGCAUUUAAACGGCAUCAGAUUCUGUUCCAUCUCCACCUGCACCAACCGUUUCUGAGUCACUUUAAACCUGCAGCUCAUGUUCUUUGUGCCUUUCUGCAGCUCAUCUCUGGACCACAAAGCGCCACAUUUCCGUUUGAGCCUCCACCAAACAUUGUAAACAUUUUUCCAGAACGCUGCUGCACAUUUCAACCUACCUUCAGUUACUGACCCAUUCUGCAAAAACACAAAAUAUUCCCACGUGUUUCUGGUCGAGUUUCAAAUGUCCUGGUGCCCAUGAAAUGUAGUGCAAUAAAAGAUUAAACAAAGUUAUUUCUGACGGUGUUGUUAAAUUUAAAGGAAAAUACUGCUUCCACUGAUAGAUUAUUUCUAUGGAAGAAGAAUAAGAACAAAAUCUGAAUUCUGAUUUUUUUUUUUUAAAUCUGAAUUCUGAGAAAAAAAUUUUACAAAUUCAGAGAGGAUAGUCAAACCCUCCUCUAAGUGGUCCUAAUCUGCAUAUUUCACUUAUAACAAGGUGAAAAUGUCCUGUUACUGUCAGCGGAACUGGCAAGUAUUUAUCUAUAUUCAUCAAUUAAUCACUUAAAAUGCUGAAAAGUUACCUGUAAGUUAGUUACGCCUUAUUCCACAUUUACUAAGACAUUGGCACAAGAAAUUAGACCAAAAUUACUUGGUAACGGUUUGUGUUUUUGCAGUGUAUCCACUUCUUCAGCUUCCCUCUGUCCACUUUUGAUUACAGCAAAGACUUUUUACCUCAUGAAGAUACUGAGCAAUAAAAAUGCUGCGACUGUCCGAGACUAUCAGCCGUCCAUAUGCACUCCGCUGCGUGUGUGUGUGCGUGUGUGUGUGUGUGUACGAUAACUGUUUCAGUGUGUGUGUGAAACCCUUUUUGAAGCUUCCCUAUUCUGUAAAUAUCUGUAAAGAAAAAAGUGAAGAGUUUAUUGUAAAUAUUAUAGUUGGAGAAGCUCUGAUUUGUAUAAAAUUAAUAUAUUUGAAUAUAUGCACUGAACAGACACAUAUAUACACAUAUAUCUUACAAAUAACGGGUAACUGACCGUUUUUAUUGUUGUGCGAUGAUGUGAAAAUCAGUACCCAACUUCUGUGAACACAUAAAUAUACAGUGCCUUCCAAAAGUAUUCACAUCCCCAGAACCUUCUCACAUUUUGUAUCGACACAACCACAAAAUGCAGUGUUUUAAAUAUUAUCAAUGUGACCGACGAAAUAUUUUAAGAAUAAAGAGCUGAAAAGUGUGGCGUGAAUUUGUGUUUAUCCCCUCCCCCUGACUUGACGUUAGCUUUGUCUUUUAGAGUAACAGCUCCAGGUCAGUUGCUAACCCUCAAAUUGAUUCUUUGACUAGGCCAUUCUGAUGCAUAAAUAAGCUAAUUAAAUGAGACCUAUAAUGCAAAAAUCACAUUUUGCAUUUUUUUCUACUUCCGUUUGUGUCUCUACUGCUUCUAAAAAUAAACAACCCAAGCGCUCAAUGAAAACACCCAGCUGUUUUCUGGCAACAAGUUAAAAUUGUUGCUUUAACUUGAUGUUUGGAAAAUGAGCCGUUUGAGAAACAUCUGUAAAUCUGCGCUGUCACCCAGCAACCCAAGCGGUGCUCCAGGACAGUUGGUCAGCUGGAUUUACAGCUGUAAAAUGGCUGCUGGAAAAGGCAAAUGUUUUUUUUACUGACUUACCAUUUAGAAACCGCUUGCUACAUUCUUGUUGGUUGUGCAGGAGGCUCUACUUUUGCUUUUCAAAGAUGUAUGGUUGCAUAAAUGUGCAUCUGUUUGCAGCCAUUUUUAUGUGGGAGUGUAACGUUGAAUUGGGGGCGUGGCCAGCAGCAGCUGUUUAUUUGGAUUUAAAGAGACAGGAGGCCCUAAAACAGCUCAUUCUAGUUUUAAAAAACUAACAAGCUCCUAUCAAGAAGCAUUAGCAUCCAUUGUAUGUAACUAGCAAUCUAUAAAGUUUUAGCAAUAUUAAAAUUGUAAGGCGGCAAUACAGUGACGUUUUGUCCUGCCCUAUUUUCUGUUUGUUCUUGUUUUAUUCUCUUGAAUACCUCUGAUACCUUCACUGAACACCUCAAUUUAUGCUAAUUUUGAAUUAUUUUGUGAGAACUAGAAAACACUGUAUUAAUUUCAGUGGUUGUUUCUGACAUGGCAGUUGCCCAGGGUGGCAUUAGGAAGUGGGCAGCAGUUUGAACAAGUUUUAAUACGUGUUUGCUUGUUUUUCUGCUGUCACAGAAAUCCCAAUUAAAGUUGCUGAAGCUUGUUGUGCCCAAUUCCAGUCAUUCAGAGCAACUUUUAGAUGCAUCUGUGCUUCCUGAAUCAAAAGACUAAGCUCCUGAAUCAGCAGUAAUCCAACUCUGCAAGAGCCUGGAAAUGAGCCAAUCCAGCAUUUGGUCAAGCUGGAUUGGAGUAGGCCACCAAAAAUCUAAUGAGGUUAAAGGGUGUGAAUACUUUUUCAAGGCACCGCAAACAAGUACUACAGACUACAGGCGUAUGUUCCUAUUUAUUACUGUGCAAUGAUGUGAAAAAUCCCACCUUUUGUAAACACACAAACAAUUGUAGCACCUGUAAUAGUCUUAAGUGAAUGUUUUGUAAAAUGCUGCUUGAGUGUUUCAGAGUUGAACCGUUAGCGAAGGAUGCCAAAAAAUAUGCACCCGGUGUGUGUAUUCAUAUUUCCAGUACUGUUGUUAUCGUGUAUGUGGGGUCAGAAGAAAAAGAGAAAAACAACAACAAAAAAAAACAAUAUCUAGAUUCCUGAGAGUGCUGUGCCCAUUGUGCCACGUACAGUUGCCUUGGUAACAAACCACUUUAUCCUAACCACUGAUUUUUCUUACUGUGAAAAUCUUUUGCUCUGAGGUUUCUAAUGCUACAGAUGAGUGGACCGUUGAGGAAUUUCAGCCAUGCCAAAAAGAAAAGUAUUUUAAAAAGAUAAAAAAAUUUGAGGAAUCUGAGCUCUGAGAUGGUGAACUAGCACAUCACUUUCUGUUGCUCUUUUGAAAUUAUUAUGAUUUAAAGGAAUCAACCUGAAUGGAUACUGUGAGAUGUUAUUUUUCUAUUUAAAUAAUAAUGAUAGUAAUAAAGAAGAUUUUUCUUUUUUUUAUAUACUCAGGUUUUCUGACACUUUGCUCUAGAAAAGCCAUUCGGGUGAGAAGCUGCUCUUGCAUUAUUAUUUUAACGCUACAGCAAUAUUAUGUUGAUUUUCUGCAGCUGCAUCAAAAGACACAGACUGUUAUUACUACCAGUCAUCUCCCAAAUGCAUAAAUCAACUUUACCUGCUGUUUCCAGUCCAUUUGAUCGCUCUGCUGUGCUGCAAAUGACCAGGCGAUCAUGUUGUAUUCUCCAACACACUGUAGCUUUGCCUAUUUUAUAAUGUUUGCUAAUAUUGUUAUUUUUUAAUAUAUAUGUUCAUUUUGAAAUUGGCUGAACUGUAAAGUGAAAAUAAAGUGCAGAAGCAUUUUUUGUUUCUUUUUUGCAUUGA